CGCCUCCCUGCUCUUCCUUAAGCGGCCGUCUCCCUCGAGAAACACCCGCAUCCCACGCAGCAUGAGCUCAUCUCCAUUCUUCGGCAAGGGGAAGUUCUAUGGCUUCCCCGAGUCGGCCAUCCCUGCCACUCCGACCCCCUCGGCCAUGUUGGUUACCAACAUUGCCUCCGAGGUCAAGGAGAAGGAUCUUGACGACUUCUUUGCAUUCUGCGGGGAGAUCUCCGCGAUCCAUGUCAUUUCCUGGCCACCCCAGUCGUCGGAGGAAUCGAACCAGGACUUGCCUGCUGUGGCUGGCGCUGGCCUCAACUCCCGCACCAAGCGCGCCAUCAUCCUCUUCAAGCGUCCUCAGGCCGCCAAGACGGCCAUCCUCUUGCACCAGGCCCUGAUCAACGGCCGCCCGGUGGAGAUCACGCAUCUGUUCACCAGCGAGCAGCUAGCUGCCUCGCUGGUAAUCGACGGCUCGGACAGCGUGGCUGCCAGCGAUACGGAUGGCUUCAUUGAAAUUGACGAUUCCGGCUCGGUCAUGACCACCCGGGCCUCGCGCAUCGCCAAGGAGUACGGAUCGGCCGGCGAGGAGGAUCUCCUCCUUGGCCCGGAGGACAGCAUUGAGGAUGGCCCUCUGCGCCAGGAGCACAAGCCUAAACUCAGCAUCAUGGCCGAGCUCAUGGACCGGGGUUACAAGUUGACCGAGAAGAUCCUUCAAGAUGCCAAGGCCUUCGACGCGAAGCACGGCAUCUCGGCCAAGUUCGCGUACCACCUGGAGCAGGCGCGUGCUCUGGAUCGCGAAUAUGAGGUUGGCGCGCGGGCCGACGCGGCGGUUGAGGCUGCCCGCGUGAGUGCGGCCACCGCUCUGGCCGCGGCCCAGGACGCCGUUAUGGCGGCCGCUGGGGCUGCCCGGCAGCUUGAUGCCACUUACGGCCUGCAGCAGCGGGCCCAAGCCGCGACGGAUGCCAUCAAGGAGAGUGAUGCCGCUCGGGCCGUGGCCGAUGCCUUCCGUGCGGCGCAGGCCAGUGAGCCUGCCCGUCGGGCGGCCGCUGCCCUGGAGGCCCUGCAGGAAAGUGAGCCUGCCCGGCGGUUGUCGGCUUCGGCCACGGCUGCGCGAAACUCCGAGGCCGGCAAGGCCUUCGAAGCGGCAGUUCUCGCGGCGGCUGCCGCUUUCAAUGCUGUUGGUGCCGCGGCCUACGAGGCGGCCACCGGGCAAAAGCUUCACCCCUCAUCGGCUGCUGCGGCGGUGGCUGCCGCCCAUGAUCUUGACUCGCAGCACCCCGAGGCCCUGGACCUGCUGCUCAAUGCCGACGAUCUGGCCGCUGCCCGGCGCUGGAUGAACGAGACGGACCCGGAUUCACCGCUGGUCGACGCGGUCGAGGGUCCUGCGGUCGGAGCAGCCGCCGCUUCCCCGGCGGCGGUCGGUGCCGUGCGUGAUGUUUCCUCCUCGCCGGAGUUGCUGGUCGACGCGCCGGCGCCCGGGGGGAAGGAGCAGGAGUUCCAGGCCUAAUGUCUGACACGCGCUCCCAUGCACAAGGACCGAGGGGAGGGGAGGGGGGGG